AUGUACCAGGCAGCCAUUGCCUGGGAGACAAAUUCUCCCCUUUCAAUUGAAGAAGUGAAAGUUGAGCCACCAAAGGCUGAGGAAGUUCAUAUUAAGAUGGCGUCUUCAGGGAUCUGCGGUUCUGCUGAUCAUGUGCUAAAAGGAUUACUCCCCCUGAACUUUCCUUUAAUCCCAGGCCAUGAAGGAGCUGAGAUUGUGGAGAGCAUUGGCGAAGGAGUGAGCUCAGUGAAACCAGGAGACAAAGUCCUCACACUCGUUGUUCCACAGCGUCGAGAAUGCAGUUCCUGCUUGCACCCCAGGGGAAACUUCUGUGAGAAGCGAGACAUUCUACCUUCUUCUGGAUUAAUUCUGGAUGGGACUAGCGGGUUUACCUGCAAAGGAGAAAAGAUUUACAACUCUUUCCACACAAGCACAUUCACUAAACAUACUGCUAUGCCUGAGAUUGCAGUGGCGAAAAUUGAUGAUGCUGCUCCUUUGGGUAAAGUUCGUCUCAUAAGCUGUGAGGUGCCUACAGGCUACAGGGCUGCUGUUCACUCGGCCAGGGUCACCCCCGGUUCCACCUGCGUGGUCUUUGGACUUGGAGGAGUCGGCUCAGCCAUUGUCAUGGGCUGUAAAGCCUCUGGUGCCUCCAGGAUCAUCGGGGUUGACAUCAAUGAGGAGAAAUUUCCCCGGGGAAGAGCAUUAAGGGUCACUGAUUGUCUCAACCCUCGGAACCUCAAGAAGCCUGUCCAGCAGGUGGUGGUGGAAAUGACGGGCUUUGGUGUCGACUUUGCCUUCGAGGCCAUCAGACUUGUGGAUACCAUGAUUGCUGCUUGGGACUCCUGCCACCUGAACUAUGGUGUCUGUCUGAUCGUUGGGUUGGCUCCAUCAAAUUCACAGCUUUCCCUUGAUACAGUGAAGGUUAUCUCUGGACGGACGCUGAAGGGCGUAUGUUUAGGAGAUUAUAAAACCAGAGACUGUAUUCCGCAACUAGUGACUGAUUACCUGCAAAAGAAAAUUAAUGUAGAUCCAUUAGUAACCCAUCAGCUGCCUUUUCACCAACCCCACAAAGCUUUCGAGUUGUACCACACUGGAAAGACGUGA